AUGAACGAAUACACUCCAAACCCUAGCCAAGGGCCUUCCCAUGCAAGAGGGGGAGAUGUGAUGACUGCCUGGAAUCCAAGCUCAGAAUUCCAACUCCGAGAUGAGUCAACAAAUGAAGAUAAAGAUGAAGAUCAACUUAUGGUGACUGGUGAUAAGAGAAAAAGUGGAGAAGAUGAAAAAGAAGAAAGUGAUGAUGACAAGGAAAUGGCGAAAGAAGUGCUUGCCCAUCCAUCCGAAAGGAAGCAACCCUGUUUUUAA